CGAGUGACUAUUUUUGGUAAUUUCCGCACACUUUGCAAAUGGCCACCCUCCUGUACGUCAGUUAGAUCAAGAACCAUGUGGUCUUUACUCAGCCAAUCAGAAGAGAUCACCCUACAUCACAGAUCACAUGACUGUGGCGUUCGACCAAUCAGCAGAGACCUGGAGUCCAUCUAACUUUCUCUUUCCACUGAUGGCGCUAAAAGACGCUAAAGAGACCGAGCUGCCCGUAAAUUUCUGUACUAAACUUCGAAACUAGCCAUGGCAAUGUCUGCCCGCAUGUUUUAUGCCAAGAAGCAGAAUACUGUCGUGCCCACCCACCCUGCCAUCAGUGAUGAUGAUGAGGAGGAUGAUGAUGAUGUGGCAGACCCUGAUUUUGUCCCACCCACCCACAACCAGGACAUUCCAUGUAGUGAUACUGACCCCUCUGCCAGGAGGAAAUGGAUCCAGCCUGUGGUGGAAGUGCUCCAAGAAAAUGACAGUGAGGACAGUGAGUACAGUGAGGAUGACAAUGAUGAUGAUGAUGACGAUGAUGAUGAUAAUGUGCAGCCAGCAGUACAAGCCCAGAGGCCAAGGCCUGGCAAGUCAGCACCCAGGCCAACCACUUGGCAUAAAGUUGACCUGAACAACACAGCCCUUCCUGAAUACCAGCACGCUGCCCCAGACUACAUUGACAUGCCUUUUCAGUACUUUAUUAGGUACUUUGAUGCCCAAAUAAUCAGUCACAUAACAUAUCAGACAAACUUGUAUGCUGCUCAAAAGGACAUCAACACCACUUUCUCCACCAAUGAGAAUGAAAUAAUGACCUUUCUGGCCAUCCUCAUCUAUAUGGGUGUUGUUCAGCUCCCCUCUGUUGAAGAUUACUGGGCCAUGGAAACCACGGUCCCUCAAGUUGCCGACCUGAUGUCAUCAAAGAGGUUCAGGCUGCUGAAAAGGGUUAUCCACUUCAAUGACAACACUCAGAUCCCUGGCACCAGCGACCGUUUCUUCAAAGUCCGGCCCCUGUUCAGCUAUCUCAAUAAUGCCUUCAGGCGUGAGCCACAGACCCCCAAACAGUCUGUAGAUGAGGUUAUGGUUGCCUACAAAGGGAAGACAGCUGGCAACCUAAGGCAAUAUAUCAAAAGCAAGCCAGACAAGUGGGGUUUUAAGUUGUUCGCGAGGGCUUCUGAGGACGGCUUCAUCCAUGACAUGGUGCUCUACCAGGGCAAAACUACCCUGGAGGCCCAUGAUGUACCCCAGACGCCUGAACAAAAAGUGCUGGGUGCCACCAGUCAGAUUGUUGCUGUCCUGGCAAGUACCAUGUCCUCCCCCACCACCACAGCCAUCUUUGCUGACAACUUUUUUACCAGCAUGGAGCUAGUGCGGUACCUCAGAGAUCAGAAUUGCAGGUACACAGGGACAGCAAGGGACAAUAGAAUAAAAAAUCCUCCACUCAAGUCCAUCAAGGAGAUGGAGAAGAAGGCUGUACCCCGUGGCACUUAUGACUAUGCUACCAGUGAUGAUGGGAUACUGGCCGUCAGAUGGAAGGACAACAGAACGGUCACUCUGCUGUCAACAGACAUGGGGGUGGAGCCGAUGUCCUCAGUCAUUAGGUACUGCAGUGAGACCAAGAUGAAGGAGCCUGUGAGCUGUCCAGCCGUCAUCAAGAGCUAUAACGCCAACAUGGGGGGCAUUGAUAAAAGUGACAUGUUGGUACACCUCUACCGCACCCCCAUGAAGUCCAAGAGACGGGAUAGUAUGGCCCUUGGAGUGAAAGACCAGUCUCUGAAAGAUUUCAGAAUCCAGGUGUUCAGGGGUGCCAGCGGCCAGACAUCUGCCAAAUCAAGCUCCAGAAGAAGCUCAUCCUCAUCUGUUGAAAGCCUGAGCAUGUAUGUCGCUGUACCUGAGCCUGUGCGGGGACACCGCAGCCACACACCAAAUGAGGCUGUGCGCUUUGACCUGUCCCUCUUCCAUGCCCCUGUACAUGACGCCAGACCUGCAAGUACUGCAGCCGGAAAGGCAACAUUGUGA